UUCCUUGUAGUCUGUCUUGAAGUCAUAAAGAUUAUAUUAGUCACUGAUUUACUAGAAUUACUUUAUGCCCUCAGUUAUCAUAGGCUUACUGAAUCUAAUGAAACAGUGACCUCCCCUUUGUACUGUGUAAUAUAAAAGUCAGUCAGGUUUGCAGAUGACACAGAUACUGUUGAGUUUUCACUGACAGAAUGGAGAUCAUGGUGUUUUUCUCGCUGUUGCUUCUGGUCUGCUCUGUUUCCACAAAUAAGUCAGAGGCAGAUAAUGAAAUUCUUGACCAGCAGAUUUCAAACCAACAACCCUGUCCACAGGACAUCCAUGCUGUGCUCAGAGAGAUGGCAGUCUCACUGGCUGAACAGAAAGUGAGGAUGGCAUUCCUGGAAAAAGAGAAUCGAGAUCAGGCAGCAAAGCUGGAGAGUCAGAAGAUUGAGACUGACCAGCUGAAGCUUCAGUCAAAAGAACAAGUAGCAAAGCUGGAAAGUCAGAAAACUGAGAUCGACCAGCUGAAGCACGAAUUACAAGUCCAACAGGUGGCUUUCUCAGUCGGUCUCCUCGAUCAAGGUGGUGGAGUUACUGGACCCUUUGACACAGAGAUUACUCUGAUCUUCAAACGUGUUGUCACAAACAUUGGAAAUGCCUACAACAAACACACAGGUAUUUUCACUGCACCAGUGAGAGGAGUCUACCACUUUGUCUGGACCAUAUUUGGAUAUGGAGACAUUGCUGCAGUGCCCUCCGCUCCCGUGUCUCAGCACUCCGCGUGCUGGCUGCUGUCUGGUGCUCCACACUUCUCCUGGGGACACAAAUAG